AAUUAGAGCUAAGGUAUACUCUCUGUAUUACUUUUUAACAAAAGACAGUUAUGUUACUUUCAUCAGGCGCAAUUUAUUUUUGAUACCAAGAAUAUAUUACUUUAUUUUGUAGAAUUUAUACAGAUUUUUAAACAGUUUUAUUUUAUUAUGUGCUGUAUUUAAUUUAUUGAGUGGUAUGAUUUUACUGCAAGAUAAUACGUUAUUCCGACCAUCAUGAAUAUAUGCAUACUGAGGAAGAAGGCCAGGCGUGGUCCGCUGAAGUGGCGGCCGGAGCGGACGAUUGUGAUGGUGUGUCGCUCGCGGAGGCAGUCGGCGAGGGUCGCCGCCGCUUGCUGUCCGCGGGCCGGGCUAGAGGACCGUCGCGGCGCAGCGCCGGCGGAGCGGGUCCCUUCGCGAGGAAACAACAAUGUUUGGCCUAAGCAUCCUCUUGAGAAGACUGUCAGUACUGAGAACAGAGCGAAAGAACCGGUCGAAUUGCUUGCUGAGGCCCACGUCAAGUCCUCCGACCAUGUUGGUCAGCAGACGUCCUCACCCGGCACGGAGCCAUUCAAUAACACUAACUCCACGUGGCUGAGUGACAGCCCGACCGCAGGAGACACCUUCCCUGACCUGGGCCUGGGUGUCGCAGAAGAGAGCUUCGUCGGGACAACGGACUUCACGCCACAAGCCACCGCCAGAGCUAACAAGAGCCCCGAAGAUCAAGAUUUCAUCGACCUCACUCUUGGGGCUCAAGAGGAAUGCUAUGCCAUGACGCCGGAAGCCGAGGCCAGCCAGUUGCAAGACAUAUGCGAUAUACUAAGAGAGAGCAACUGUAGCAUUACUGAAGAAGUCUCUGCUACGGUAGGUGACUCACAGUCCAAAACCAAGCAUCUGGAGAGACGCUAUCUAACUCCUGAUAAAACUGCUCAGCGACUGUUUAGGAAGCGAAUGCUGGUCCUCUACCACUGGCUACACCCGGGCGUCUCAAACUCCAAGCUUAACUCAAUCCUUGCAAAGACGUGGGAGAGCUUACCUUCUGAUGAGAAGGAGUACUACCUUCUACAGGGAAAGGAUCUACCCACUGACCUGAAGACCAACCCGCAGCUCAACAGCAUUGCGGGGCCAAACGAGAGCACGGAGGACCGAGCUGCAGUGGACGCCUUGCUCGAGUCCCUCGGUGAGACGGCCCGAGACGCCCAGCGCGAGACGCCGGGAGCUCGGGAGCACAGCAGCCCGUCGCCGCCCCAGAGGAAGAAGAGGACGGGCCGGGGCAAGCGCGACUCCGCGUCGCUGGCCGGCGCGGGCGCGGCGCCGUGCAACGAGGACGCGCUGUGGGACCUGAACCUGGCCGACACGCACGCCCGGCGAGAAUCCGAUGUGUUUUGGAACGACGUGCCGACCAUCAGAGAACUGUUCCACAUGUCCGAGUAGUGCAACACGAUCCACAGACUACUUCUUGGAGCACGGUUUUGAAGCAGUCAUCUUUGUUGAAGAGUAUGAGGUGCUCAAACAUAAUUGAAAAUGCAAUUUUUUAUAAUCUUUUCUUAUCAAAUUUUUUUAUAUCUUUUCAAAUCAGUUUUAUACAGUACUAUACAAAUAUUUAUUUUCAUAACUAUUUUGUUUGUAAUACUAUAAAUCAAAUAAAAUGCAGAUGUAUAACUAUCUAUUCUGUGUUAAACAAAA